UUUGUCUAUUCCGCCACCAUGUCAUCUCGUGUCGAGCUACUGAAUGCUGGUCUUCUUCGCAGCGAUGGUCGUAGACCUUAUGAACUACGAACACUAGCCAUCAACUUUGCACCACAAGGAACAGCAGACGGCAGCAUCACCUACUCACAUGGCCUCACUCAAGUACGCGUCUCAGUCCUCGGCCCACACGAAUCAAAACCAGGAACAAGACGCGAAACAUUCCACGAUCGCGCAACACUAAAUGUCGAGGUCCAACUCGCCCCUUUUGGCGUCGGUGAACGAAGAAGAAGAGGCAGAGGUGACAAGCGCCUCCUAGAACUCGCAGCAUCAAUUAAAAGCACAUUUGAACCAGUCGUCCAAACCCAUCUCUACCCACGCAGUACCAUCGACAUAUAUAUACACGUCCUCCAGCUCGAUGGCGGCCUCCUCCCUGCAUGCAUAAACGCCUCUACCCUCGCUCUAGCAACUGCGGGCAUACCCCUAUUUGACUUUGUCUGCGCCAUCAGCGGUGGCGUGUAUGGCACCCAACCCUUGCUUGAUCUAACCACAGUCGAAGAAAAUGACGUCCCGAGCGUCGUGGUAGGCGUGAUGCCUCGUACAGGACGCGUGACGCUCGUCCAGAUGGAGACCAGGUUGCAUAUGGAUCGAUUUGAAGAGGUGUUUAGAGUUGCGUGUGAUGCAGGCAAGGUGUUAUGGAGCGAGAUGAGGGAUGCCCUCAGGGAACGGACUGGUGAUUUGGUGGAUAAACUUGAGGCUGGACCCGGGACAGCUGUGAAAGAGGCUGAGGAGACGUAGGAUUGAUGCUCGCUGUAGCUAGCAGCUUCACCUAUGUCAGUGUUGCUGUCGAGGUGCAAUGGAUUGUGUACUUCAUAUCCGCUCAUCGUAAUCCCCUGUAAAUGGUCCUAUGAUAUGAAUAUCUUAUUACAAUGACCUUGUAGUGAACUCGAGGCAGCUACCACUAAUAUCAAAGGAAUUUUAUAGACGGCUGUUGUUUCAACAGAGACCCUGGCUACUUGAGCCCAAAAAAAA